UCAGACACGUAAGAGAGAUUACGAGAUAUGGCUUAUGCUGCUAUUACUUGUCUUAUGAGAACCAUACACCAAUCAAUGCAACUUACUGGACGUGAUUUGCAACCGUUCUAUGAAAAGCUCAAAUCUUUGAGAGCUAUUCUGGAGAAACCAUGGAAAGCAACAGACGAUCUCGAGGCAUUAACAAACUUGGAAGCUGAAAUCGCAGAGGUAGCAUACAGUGCAGAGGAUAUGGUUGACUCGAAAUCAAGAAAUGUUCUUUUUGCACAAAAGGCAAAGAAUAAAGCAAGAGCUUUCUGGGAACUCUGUUGUUCCUUGGAACAAGAGGUAGAACGCAUUGAUUCCCUCAUGAUGCAGUGGUUGGCAAUAUGGAACUGGUACAGUAAAAUCAAAGAUUUGAAAGCACGAAAGUUUUCUCUAGCAGCUAGUAUACCUGAACAUGCUGUAGAGCAGCCCGAGAAUAUAAUGGUUGGCCAUGAAAAUGAAUUCGAGAUGAUGCUCAAUCAAGUUGCUGGAGGAGAAAGGGAACUAGAAGUUGUCUCAAUUGUAGGUAUGGGAGGCAUUGGCAAGACAACUUUGGCUACAAAACUCUAUAGCGAUCCACGCAUGAUGUCUCACUUUGACAUUCUUGCAAAAGCUACUGUUUCGCAAGAGUACUGUGUGAGAAAUGUUCUCCUAGACCUUCUUGGUUCGAAAAGUGAGGAACCUGAUGAUCAACUAGCAGACCAACUGCAAAAGCUUCUAAAAGGCAAGAGAUACUUGGUAGUAAUUGAUGACAUAUGGACUACAGGAGCUUGGGAUGAUAUAAGACAAUGUUUCCCAGACUGUAAUAAUAGAAGCCGAAUACUCUUGACUACUCGGAAUGUGGAAGUGGCUAGAUAUGCUAGCUCAGGUAAACCUCCUUAUCACAUGCGCCUCAUGGAUUUUGAUGAAAGUUGGAGUUUAUUGUACGAAAAGGUCUUUGUGAAAGACUCUUUUCCCUCUGAAUUUGAGCAACUUGGUAAACAAGUUGCAUUGAAAUGUGGAGGAUUGCCUCUAGCAAUUAUUGUGAUCGCGGGACUUCUCUCCAAAACCGGCAAAACUUUGGAUGAGUGGCAAAGUAUUGCCGAGAACGUAAGUUCAGUGGUAAGAACAGAUCUUGAAGGACAAUGCAUGAGAGUUUUGGCUUUGAGUUACCAUCUCUUGCCUUCUCACCUAAAACCGUGCUUUCUAUAUUUUGCAAUUUUCCCAGAGGAUGACCUGAUUUUUGUUGAUAAACUUGUGGGGUUAUGGGUUGCAGAGGGAUUUUUGAAGGUAGAAGAGAUGGAAAAUAUAGAAGAAGUGGCAGAAAAAUGUUUAACAGAUCUUGUAGAUAGAAGUUUAAUUUCCAUCAGUCAUUCAAAAUUUGAUGGAAAAAAAGAGAGUUGUAGAAUGCACGAUGUGACCCGUGAACUCUGCUUGAGGGAAGCUCGAAAUGUGAAUUUUGUCAAUGUUCUCAGAGGAACGAGUAAUCAAAAUCCAUGUACACAAUCCAUCCAGUGUUCCUGUACAAGUCGAGGUCGGAUCAGUAUCCAUAAUGAGGAAGAAUUGGUCAGGUAUCGUAACAGUGAGCCUCAUUCUAUUAUCAUGUUUGGAAAUUACCAACAGUUUGAGCCAGAGUUGCCUUUCAAGCUAGUAAGAGUACUAGAUCUUGCUUCUAUUUCCUGUCCAACUUUUCCCAGUGGAAUACUUUCUUUAACUCACUUGAGAUACCUAGCUUUGUCUUUUCGUCUCGUAGAGAAGUAUCUACGAUUCGAAGAAGAGGUUCCCUCAUCAAUAAUAGAAAUUCCUCCAUCGAUAUCAAGCCUAUGUUAUAUGGAAACUUUGAUACUUGACUUUUCACAGUUCUUUGCUAAAACUGCUUUGAUGUUACCAUCGGAAAUCUUGAUGAUGCCGCUGUUGAGGCACCUCCAUUUGACCUGGAAUUAUUUGCACUAUCAUGGAAUUACAGAGAAAAGUUUGGUUUUAAAAAAAUUGCAUCGUCUCUCUGGAUUGAAUCCUAGGUACUGUACCAGUUCUUUCUUUAGACCAUUUCCCAAUUUGAAGGAGUUGCAAAUACGUGGCUUAUUUGAAGACUUUUGUAGUCGCAAAGACCUGUAUGAUUUUCGCUACUUAGAUCAGCUCGAAGAAUUGGAAUUUCAUCUUGGAAAUCCUUUGAGUUUUGAUAGGAGACCUGUGUCGUCACCUUUGCUCCUACCUCCUCCGUGUGCUUUUCCACAAGGUCUUAAGAAUUUAGCUUUCACCGGACAGUUCUUCUUGCCAUUGAAGGAUUUGAGCAUUGUUGGUAAAUUACCCAAACUCGAGUCCCUUAAGCUGGAUUAUGAUGCCUUCAUAGGCGACGAGUGGGAAAUAGCUGAGGAAGGGUUUCCUCGCUUGAAGUUCUUGGUACUGAAAUAUUUAGACUUCCGGCACUGGAGAGCCAGUAGUGAUCACUUUCCCUGCCUUGAACGACUGAUUAUUUGUGCUUGCUUGAAGUUGGACUCAAUCCCCCAAGAUUUCGCAGAUAUAACCACACUUGCUCUAAUUGAUAUAUACAACUGUGCACAAGCUGUUGGGAAUUCCGCUAAGCAAAUUCAACAGGACAUUGAAGACAACUAUGGAGGUUCUAUUGAGGUCUAUAUCGGUGAUCUGUAA